AUGACACGUCUUUUCAUUCAGACUGAUCAGCCAGCAUUAGUAUCAACGAAACCGAAUUCUCAAGUAAUACUAGAUUAUGAAAAUACUACAGCCGAUACUAAUAAUCCAGAAGCACUACAUUUUACAUUUCUUUUCAAUACUAUUACAAAGAACGGUUCAAAAAGCAUACUAUGUCACUGUGUUGUUGAUCCCAAUUGCCAAGGACCAAUCAAUUUCGCAAUUGAGGGUACAUUUGGUAUUUCAAGAUUACCUGGUGUUCGUCCACAAUAUGUCGGUUUUGGUUACGUGGCGCCUGGAUUGGUUGAUGCAUGUUAUACUAUUGAUUUCCUUCUUUUAUCAACACUUCAAUGUUUUUAUACCAAUUCCGAUUGUAUGAAUCAUCUGUUCUAUUAUAUAAACAAAACAUAUUCGUCGGCUGGAAAUUAUUCAAAUUUGUAUGCACAUCCAUUAAUAUAUAACCAAACAUCAACUCGUUUUCCUCCAAAUACUUCAGUUUCAUCAAUAGUUGAAGAAAUGAUGAUUGAAAAAUGGAAUACAUCAUUGUCAUUUUCUGAUUAUUAUAAAGCAUGUGCACCAACUUAUUGCACUUACACUCAAAUAAAACAUGCAGAAACUUUCGGCGAACUAUUAGUGACAUUAAUUUCUACGGUUGGUGGUCUUGUUAUGGCAUUACGACUAAUUACAUUCCAAUUCGUUAAGAUUAUUUUUGGUUUAUUUCAAAAAAAACUGAACAAACAACAACAAGUUCGUCGAAAAUUACUUGAUCGAUUCAAGGCGUUAUUAUCUAAACUAAUAACAUUUUUAUCUGUAAAAAUGUUGAAUCUAAAUAUAUUUCCUGCACGGACAUUCGGAAGUAAGAUCGACCGAAUAACGGUAAAACAUCUUGGUCAAUGGUCAACUCGUCUUUAUCUUAUUCUUCUAAGUAUCAUUUUUGUCAUUUUAACUCUUUAUACAGCUAUUCGGCCACAAACAUUGACCAAAUCCUUUUCAACACCAUCAUUAAAUUUCUAUAAGAAUUUGAUGAAUGAUCAUAGUGAUGAACUUGAAUGUCCAUGUUCAUUGAUUUCAUCUCCAUAUGAUGAAUAUAUUCACAUUCAACCGAUAUUUCAUCAAAUUUGUUCAAGUGAUUUGAUUUCAAAUGAAUGGAGAUUAAAUAUUACAGCAAAUUUAAUUUCUAAUUUGUCUGCUUAUAAUCAUAGAGAUUAUCGUCUAUUUCUCUCUAGUCAUUUACAAUUUUUAAAUGGAUUAUGUCAACUCUCUAUGCAAACAGUAAAUCAAGCUAUUCAACAAUCUUUAUCUUCAUUAAUGAUUACUAAACAAUUAUUAUCAGAAGAGAAUUUUAAUUUACAUAUUAAUUCAAUGAUUAAUGAAGCAACAUCCAAUGCUCCUUCAACAUUCAUUCGCCUACUUUCGUUACUUCGAGCUACAAAUCAUGGAAAUGCAAUUGUCUCAGCGUAUGGAACUAAUUAUCAAUACUUAGCUUCUGAUGAUAGUACAUAUCAGAGCAUUUUAUAUACUCAAGCAAUGAUUUAUGAUGAUAACUGCUCAUGUCAAUUGAAUUCUACUUGUAUUAUUAAUGCUUCGUUUAUCGAGAUAAAUUCAACACAAUCUAUAACAAUCAAAGGUUUGAAAAUGGGUUGUACACCGAGUGAAUCAUUGUUAGCAUCAACUCUCGAAUGUUUCUAUGAUCAAUUAUGUAUUCAUCUUAUUCAAACAAUGGCAGGAUACAAUAAAAAUAUCACUCCGAUUCCUCUCAACAUAACUAAUAGUCGAUUUCUAAUGAAUAUGACUGUGAUGAAUCUGAUCAACGAUCUAUUCGUUGAAAAAUGGUCAGCAAUAAUGAAUUAUUCAUCAUAUUUUUCUAAAUGUUCACCAAUGAUCUGUUCAUAUACAUAUAUUCAACAACUGGAUUCUUUCUAUACGCUAACUUAUUUACUUGGUUUAUAUGGUGGUUUAACAAUCGUUCUCAAAUGGAUCUCUCCGAAAAUUGUUUAUUUUAUUAACAAAAUUUACCAACGUCGAAAGAAAACAACAAAUUCGAUCAAACCAAUAUCUACUAUUGAAAGUGAAACUAUCGAGAGCAACGUCGAAAUAAUGAACGCAAAUAAUAUCAACAAUACCACUGAUUUGUCACAAUCGUUGGAAACAGUGCCAACACAUUCAAAAAGUUUAUUUUCGGUAUCAUCACAUUACUGGAUCUUUGGUUUAAUAGUGUUUAUACUUGUGGCAAUAGGCAUUCUUAUUCCAUUUAUUUAUGUUCUUCACGAAAGAAAGAAUCAUUCUACAUCAACAGGUACGAUAUCUUUCAUGAUUUUCAUCAUCGAGUAA